CUGAAACAUUGGCCAUGCUUUAGCUCCAGUUCCAUUAUGAUAUUGGAUGGUCCUUGAUUACCAUCAUUUGACUGAACGAUUUUAACCGUUUGUAAAAACAGUUUCCUUGAACAUUAUGUUUGCAUAUCCUAAGCCUAUAAAACAAACGUAACGUAUUUUUGAUACCUAGGCUACAGCUUUUAAUUAGUCUAAAAAACAACCGAGGAAAUUCAGCAUACUACUAUUUAGGCAUUCUCACUGCCCGUGAAUCAGAAUUACAUAUAGUUUUGGAAAAUGAUGCGCCUUUCCCUAUUUCAUGCACCUAAAUGGAUGUGUGCAAGGACGGUGAAUUCUGUAAGUGCCCUUGGGCAUAUGAACGGGACAUGCCGCUUCCAUGCAUCAAAUAAACGCCAAAAGGUUUUAUCUGUGGAUAAUAUGAACCCUUAUGUCAAAAAUAUGGAGUAUGCAGUCCGCGGUCCAAUAGUUAUACGGGCUGGGGAAAUUGAGGAGGAAUUGAAAAAGGGUAUUAAGAAAAAUUUCAAGGAUGUGAUCAGGGCUAACAUUGGAGACUGCCAUGCUACUGGUCAAAAACCAUUAACUUUCUUACGGCAGGUAGUUGCACUGUGCACGGACCCUGAUCGCUUGAUGAACAGUCCUGACUAUCCGAAAGAUGCAAAAGAGAGAGCAAAGAGAAUCUUGAAUGGCUGUGGGGGACAAAGCAUUGGUGCAUACAGUGAUAGUGCAGGGGUGCGAGUGAUUAGAGAAGAUGUUGCCAAGUACAUCACAGAGCGAGAUGGACACCCCUCAAACCCUGAUGACAUUUUCUUAUGUACAGGAGCAAGUGAUGGUAUCAAGACCAUUAUGAAACUGAUGAUGACUGGCAAGGACGGAGCAGAGAGAGCUGGAGUCAUGAUUCCUAUUCCUCAGUACCCGCUAUACACCGCCACCAUAGCUGAAUACAAUGCUUACCCAAUCAGCUACUACCUGGAUGAGGCAAAUGCCUGGUCACUGCAUGCCUCUGAACUGAGGCGGGCUCUGAAUGAGGCUCGCAAGCACUGUAUCCCCAGGGCUCUGGUCAUCAUCAACCCAGGAAACCCCACAGGUCAAGUUUUAUCCCGGCCAAAUAUUGAAGAAAUUAUCAAGUUUGCUAAGGAGGAGAAUCUUUUCUUAAUGGCCGAUGAGGUAUACCAGCACAAUGUUUAUGCAGAGGGAUCUGCUUUCCACUCCUUUAAGAAAGUUCUGAUGGAGAUGGGCCCAGAAUAUAAAGACAUGGAACUUGCUUCUUUCAUGUCUACUUCCAAAGGAUAUAUGGGAGAAUGUGGAUUUAGAGGAGGCUACUGUGAGGUCAUCAAUCUGGAUCCAGCUGUUAAAGCCAUGCAGGUCAAGUCUAUAUCAGCCAAGCUCUGCUCCUCCGUCUCUGGACAGACUGCCAUGGAUGUAGUAGUGAACCCACCAAAACCAGGAGAACCUUCCUAUGAACUCUUCAUUAAGGAGAAGAACAUGGUAUUAGGCCAACUAAAGGAGAAGGCUGAUCUGGUGGCAGAAACCUUCAAUUCCUUGGAGGGGAUGUCUUGUAACCCUGUCCAGGGCGCGAUGUAUGCCUUUCCUCAAAUCAAGAUGCCACAGGCUGCUAUUGAAGCAGCAAAGAAAAGAGGUAUGCCUGCUGACACAAUGUACUGCUUUGAUCUGUUGGAAAGUACUGGAAUCUGUGUGGUGCCUGGAUCAGGAUUCGGACAGCAACCAGGAACUUAUCAUUUCAGGACAACAAUAUUACCCCCUGUGGAUAAACUUAAAGAAAUGAUGGAACGUUUUAAACAAUUCCAUGCUGGUUUCAUGCAGAAAUAUAAAUAAGAACUUCAUGUAAUAAAGUUUUGUCUUUGCUGCCAAUUGAAAAAAAAAUCUCUAAUAAAGUUAUGUUCAUUAUAAAAGUGUUAAUCAUAAACACAUCACUAUAAUUUUGUUUAUACAUGUGUAUUUCAACUCACAUAAAUACAUCAUUCAGUCUCAAAAUAUUUUAUUGAUAUUUUAUGGCAAUGGAAUUUUUCAGAUUGUCUUUGUACACAAAAGUACGUCCAUUACACAUUUGUAAACUAUUGCAUUUGCAGAUGAAGUAGAUUGAAUUUACUGUGAACAUUUCUGAUUUUAUGGUUUCAUUUGAAAGAGUUUAGGAUUCUAGAGAUCCAGCAGCGACAGAUAUAUGCUGCUGGAGCCAGUCACUUCUUUUGAAAUCUCAAUUAUUUUUGGUGCAAUUUUUACAUCUGCUUUAUAUGACUUUAAUCCAUGUUACCAGGUAUUAGAGAUAAGUGAUCAUUGUUUUGAAAUUAUUUGAUUUAUUUCUGUAAAAUAUUUAAUAUCCAUGUAUAUUUUACAUGAUUUUCUUAUAUUAAAGUGCUAUAUGAAAUAUAGAUUUAAAAGUUUCCAAAACUUUUUGUUAUUUCUUUUUUUUAAGUAGAGUUUUUAAUCUGUUUAUUUUGAUAUAGUAUUUGUCUUAAGUGAGGGGUCUCCAUAUAGUAUGAUGUAUGAAGAGAAAGAUAUUUGAUUUGUUAUUUUGUAGUCACUAUUUAUUGUCAGUUCAUGUUGGACAACAGUAAAAAAAAAUGAAAGUCAAAGCAGAACAUGCGCUUCAUCAUUUAAUUCUUUAUUAUAUUCUUUUAUAGGAUAUAUCUUCAUGUACACCAAAAAUUGUGUAGAAUAAAUUUGUUGACUCAAAUCUAAUGCAUGUAUAACUGUGCAGUGGAAUAUGCACAUUGAAUUACACAUUGUAGUUAUACUUUAAACUUUGAAACAUUUGCAUAAUGAUGAGAUAUGCUGUAUUACAGAGGGUUGCAUCACAUGAAAAUGUUUUUUUUCUAUGUUCAGUACUAGUGAUGUACUAAUGAUCUGAUGGAUUUUCAAUGUGAAAUACUAGUACAGUGUAUAUAUUUUAAACUUAUAAAAUACUUCAUUGUUAAACUUCUUAAUCUAUGAAUGUGAGCAAUGCUAAAUAAAAUUUGAUGCUUCUGUUUA